AUGACCUUAAGCGCAAAGGAAAGGACGCUCUGCUACUUCAAUGCCGAGUAUCUUCACAAUAGAAUCGUUGAAGCCAAUUCAGCAUUGGAAGCUGUCCUUAACGACGAUACUAGCACGACAUUUUCUACUCCUAAGCCUUUGAUUUCUGCUGAUAUCACUCCAGUUUCUACACCUCCAACAUAUAAAUCUAUGGAACCUAUGGUUCCUCAUUCUGUAAGAUCACCUAAUAUAUCAGAAAUUCCUGCUUCCAUUAGUAACGGAAUUCAUACUCCUGAAUAUAAGGAAAUCGAAGAUUUUAUGGAUAACCUUAGGAACAAACCAAUUCAUGAACAAAAACAAAAGCUUGGCGAUAGAUUAUUCCCCAAAGUCAAGAGUAUUGGGCUUAAGAGUGCUACAGCUAGUAAGGUCACCAUCAACCUUCUGGACACUGAUAAUUUACGCGAAUUGGCUCAUUCUAUGAACGAUCCGGAAAAAUUCAGAGAAAAGGUCGCAGCUGCCGCAAAGAAAGUUGUCUCUUCUAAGUAA